UGUUUUAAAGGGGUUCAGUGACACCUUGUGGUGUGAACCCGGUACUGCACUCUUUGUUCCGGGAGCAGGGACGCGGACACAGUUGCAGCCCACUUGCAGGAACCGAGCAAGUUGUGAUCGAGACAUGGCAGCGCAGGAGGAGUUCUUCACGGGCAUUCCCAAGAUCUCGUAUGUACCCAGUGCUGGACCAGGAGAGGUCAUGUGCUUCAGACACUACCAUGCAGAGGAGGUGCUGAUGGGGAGGAAGAUGGAGGACUGGCUGAGGUUCUCCGUCUGCUACUGGCACUCCUUCUGUGGAACCGGUGCUGAUCCUUUCGGGUUUCCAACCCUCCACCGGCCCUGGAAUGAAGGCUCCCCGAUGGAAUCAGCCAAGAAGCGACUCCGGGCUGCUUUUGAGUUUUUCACCAAGCUUGGCGUGAAAUAUUACACAUUCCAUGACAGGGACAUGGCCCCUGAGGGCUCCACCCUGGAGGAGUCCAACAGGAACCUGGAUGAAAUAACAGACCUGGCUCUCCAGCUGCAGACUCAGACUGGAAUCAAGGUGCUGUGGGUCACCUGCAAUCUCUUUGCCCACCCGAGGUACAUGAACGGUGCAGCCACCAACCCCGACUGUCACGUCCUGGCCUACGCUGGCGCUCAGGUGAAGAAAGGGCUCGAUGUCGCCAAGAAGCUGGGCGCAGAAAACUUCGUGUUUUGGGGAGGGAGGGAAGGCUUCCUCUCUGUCCAUAAUACCGAUGUCGCUGUUGAACUGAAGCACAUGGCCAGCUUCUUCAGAAUGGCCGUCAAGUACAAAGAGAAGAUCGGGCUGAAGUGCCAGUUUCUUAUCGAACCCAAGCCGAAGGAGCCGUGCAAACACCAGUACGACUACGACGCCAUGAGUGUUAUAGGAUUCCUUCAGCAUUACGGGCUGGAGAGUCACUUCAAGUUGAACAUCGAGCCCAACCACACCACGCUGGCAGGACACUCGUAUGAGCAUGACAUUGUCAUGGCCUCAGCGCUUGGCAUGCUGGGCUCAGUUGACUCAAACACUGGCUCUCCUGACCUGGGCUGGGACACAGACCAGUUCCCCAUGGACAUCAGGAACACCACCUUGGUCAUGAAGACUAUCAUCGAACAGGGCGGCCUGCAGCCAGGAGGCCUGAACUUUGACGCCAAGGUGCGCAGAGAGUCCACAGACCUGGAGGACCUGUUCAUCGCUCACAUCGGGGCCAUGGACGCCUUCGCAAGAGGACUCCGAAAUGCUGUCCGCAUUCUUGAGGACGGGCUCAUCGCUGGCAUGGUGAAGGAGCGAUACUCGAGCUUCGGUCACGGCAUCGGACAGAAGGUGGAGGACGGUUCUGCCACCUUAGAGGAAAUGGAGGCCUUCAUCGAGCAGAACGGGGAGCCGAAAGUAACAUCAGGGAAGCAAGAGAAGUAUGAAUCCAUCUUUAAUCAUUACAUAUGAGCACUUUACGAUCUGGGUCUGCAUAUGAUUAACCGAUGACCCUGAGGAGAAGCUGUUCUGCGUCGGUACCGGUGUUCAAACCCGAGCGAGCAGAUCAAACGUAGCGUUAGAAAGUUAGAGCACCUCGGUAAUCCACUGGGAUCAACAGUUACACUUGUUCAAGCUGGUUCGCAAAUUAAAAGUACAAAAACUGAUGUUGAACAGGGUCGGAAGGGACCUGAAAUGCUGUAGUAUCGGUGACAGACCGAGUGAAAGCCUAACUGAAUCUAGACUUUUGCAGAUGUGUAUCAGUAUGUAUUUGUAGUGCUCAUCUGCCAUUCAAUGUAACAUCAAGAGGCAUCAUUCAUGUUAGCUGAAGACUGAUAUUUACUGUGAAAUAAAACACAUUGUCCUGACAAAGUCG